AUGAGUACACAGCAGAAAUUGCCUUCCAAUCCUCGUGGUAUUCCACACUCUCCUUUUGUGGAACGCGUUGAAGAUUUUGUAUCAGAAGCUGAACCAGUCGAAGUUGUUCUGAAAAAGUUCCAAGAAGCUAUAAGAAAAGUACUAGAAGAUAAGAUUCCUGAAAUCGAGAAAACGAUCAACAUGGUUGAUUUAAUAUCUGAAAAGAAAGAAACACAAGAAUCAUUGUAUACAGAUUUUGAACUUAAUGAUACUCUAUAUGCCAAAGCAAAGAUCGCUCCGACAGAUUCUGUUUACUUGUGGUUAGGUGCCAACGUCAUGCUGGAAUACACUUGCGAUGAGGCAAAGGAGUUGCUAUCAUCAAAGUUAGAGACAGCGAAGACAUCAUUAAAAAAUACCUUAGAAGACUUGGAAUUCUUGAGAAGUCAAAUUACAACAAUGGAAGUAAAUACAGCUCGUGUAUAUAACUGGGACGUUAAACAGAGACGCAUCCUAAGAGAGCAGCAAAAAGUAUUUCAUCUUAUCAAUUGGUACGAUAACCUACUACGAAUGAGCACACAAACGGCCGGAAAACUCAUAGCGCUGAUAGGAGCGCUCUUUCUUGCGCAUUCAGCAUACUCAACCUACGAACAUUUAGCAUAUGUUAAAGCAGUUGAUAAGUUUAGUAGCAAUCUACCAAUUGAGGUAUUGAGCAUAAACAAUGCGUCAGUGUAG